UCUUGAUUUUUCUUGUUGUGAUCCUAAUUUGAUGUUAAUCUUUACUUUAUAACAAGUUUGUUAAAUAUACUUGAGAAAAAAAAAGUUUGUCUAAUAUUUGAAGUGUUUUUCUCAUCAAAGGUUUUCCAAAGCACUGAUGGAAUAUUUGGAAGAGAAGAUGUUGGACAAAAUGCCUGACUGGAGCUGCAAAUAGGCUUAUCAAUGGCAAUGCUUUCAUCUCUUACAAGACGCACUGUUUUCUCAAUCCCAUUAACCAAACACGCAUUAUCCUCACUUUCCGCUUCUACUUCUUCUCCACCACAAUUGUCUGCAAACGAAGAUGAAACUUUAGUCUCAGCCGCCACAACAAUCCUCAAACAUCAUCGCUCAAAAUCACGAUGGUCCGAGAUCCUUUCUCUAGCUCCUUCAACUUCCGGCUUCACUCCUUCCCAAGUCUCUAAAAUCAUUCUUCAACUCCGCAACGCACCUCAUCUCGCUCUCCGUUUCUUCCAUUUCACAAUCCGCCGAUCCAUAUGCUCUCACUCUCUUUCAUCCUAUUCCACCAUCAUUCACAUCCUCUCCCGUUCACGCCUCAAGUCCCAAGCCCUAGACCUAAUAAAAUGCGCCAUUCGCAAAUUUCCUGAUACCCAUAAACCUGAUUUAUCAAACCCACCUAGGAUUUUCGAAAUCUUGGUUAAAACUUACAGAACUUGUGAUUCAGCUCCUUUUGUGUUUGAUUUGUUGAUAAAAGCUUAUAUGGAUUCUAAGAAAAUCGAUGUUUCUGUUCAACUUGUGAGAAUUUUGGCUUCCAAGAAUAUUUUCCCACAUAUUGUUAUAUGUAAUUCCUUGAUUGAGUUGAUAGCAAAAAGUAGAGGUCCUUUUGCUGCAUAUGAUAUGUAUACGGAAAUCUUUAGGUGUGAGAAAGGGGAAGGGAAUGGUAGGGAAGUAAAGGGUGUGAUGGCGAAUGCUUAUACGUUUAACAUUAUUAUGGUUGCUUUUCAUAGGGAGGGAGUAGUGGAGAAGGUUGAGGAGGUUUGGAAGGAAAUGAUGGCAAAAAAUUGUUCUCCGAAUGCAUAUAGUUAUAGCGUUCUAAUGGCUGCAUAUUGUGAAGAUGGUAGGAUGGAGAAUGCCGUGAAAGUUUGGGAGGAGAUGGGUGAUGAGGAUGUGAAGCAUGAUAUUGUAGCUUAUAAUACGAUAAUAGAGGGGUUUUGCAAAGUCGGAAAGGUUGAGAGAGCUGAGGAGGUUUUCAGGGAGAUGGUCUUCAAUGAGGUAGAAUGUACUUGUGUUACUCUUGAGCAUCUCAUCAAUGGACAUUGUAUGAGCGGGAAUGUUGACGCAGCUCUAGUUUUGUAUAAGGAUAUGUGUCGAAAGGGCUUCAAGCCAGAGAGUUCAACAAUAGAUGUAGUGGCUAAGGUGCUCUGUGACAAAAGUGGAGUUCUUGAUGCCUUGGAAUUCGUGAGAGCUGUAAUGAAGAAACACGAUAUUGCACCAAGGAAGACAACAUAUGAACUUCUGAUACGGAGCUUUUGUAAUGAGGGGUGGAUGGAAGAAGCUCUUAAACUUCAGGUAGAGAUGGUGGGAAAAGGAUAUGCACCAAAUUUGGAAAUAUAUAGUGCUUUCAUUGAUGGGUACAACAAGCAAGGGGAUGACGAAAAGGCUGAAACUUUGAGGAAUGAAAUGCUUAGGAAUGAGAUAACAUGUAAAGACAGCUUGAAGUCUGUAUGACAUGCAGAAUUCUAACCAAAUCUUAAAUCGUGACUUCAGGCUAUGAGGUUAAAAACAGACAAGGGGACUUUUCAAAGUGCAAGUCUGUCAGUAAAUCAAAGCAAGGUACUCUCUGAAGGGCGCCUUCAUGAUUCGUCAAAACACUUCUGUUCCCUACUGUAGGGGAUCUUAUGAUAAUUUUUGCUACUCUUCAACUGGAUAAUGAAAUCAAGAAGAGUACCUUUCUGUGGAUGGUACUUCUCUAAGGAGAUUGAUAAAUGUUUUAUGAAUAUGCGCACUGCCUAACUGCUUGAGGAGUUCUCACUACAGACAUUUGGAAGCAUUUGUUGUGGACGAAAAGAAAUUCACUUCAGCCCAAUAAGCUGUUUCCUGAAGCUAUACUAUGGAUACUGGAGAAAAUUUGAUGCUGCUUGACAGAAAAGCAACCAAGAACGUGAUGAACCCAUUGAGAAUCCAUGAUAAGAAGGCCAAUCCAGCAUAUAUCUGUUAUCUAGCUUCAAAACAUUGAAGCAGCGGCAGAAUGUUCUGUUGGCUCUAAGCAGAUGAAUUGAUCCAUUAUCUGCUGUUGUGCUAGAUUGAUAAUGCUUGUAUAGUCUUCUCAAAUUAUGACCUGAUGUGUAGCCUUGGCAUAUCCAAUCUCCCUGAAUAUUGAGCUGGCUAAUGAACAGGGUGCUGAAUCCAGAGUUUAUGUCACCAAUGUGAAUGUCAUACUCUAGGUGAUGACCAAAGUACCAAGUCAAAUGCCUGAAUGUUAUCAAGAAGCUUCCUGGCAGCCAAAAUGAGAUUGCGUGAAAUGCAACACAUCACUCAUACGAUGAGUCUCAUGGUACGGAACUCUAACUAAUUCAGACAUUAUGUAAUCUUUCUGUUAUCACCCUCGAGCUACUCACGAGCAUUGGCUUUACAUAAAUAAAUUGCUUUAUCAGUUGAUGCUUACUUUGAUAUAUGUAUAUAUUACCUCCGCUACUGCUGAAUGUAAUAAGUGAAGGAGCAUGCUUCAUAACUAAACAAUAGAGAUUACCUUUUCUAUGCGAUAUAUCUAUAGCUGAGUUUCUGA